UUGUUCCUGCCGGGUGUUUUACGUCAACGUGAGGAUCUAUGACAGAGGCUACCCGUGAGGUAGUGGUAGUGGUAGUGGUCCCGAAACAUGUCUCUGAUCCCCCGGGUGACCUGCUGAACAUGACCGGGGAUGGGAAGCUCCCUGCGGCCUGAACCAGAGACUCACUCCGCCGCAGCGACUCAACCGGAGCGGUAACGCAAACGAACCAGAGAGGUAACCGGGCUCUUUAUCUAUCUAUUCAAGAGAAGAUGGCGGAGUUCUCGCCCGUCCUGCCGCUGCGGGAUGGAGGAGGAGGAGGAGGACGGUUCGGCCAGCCCAUCUUCCCUCGGUCAAGGUCCGGUUCCGAGUCAGAGAGCGAGCUGUCCCAGAGCCUGGCCCGGACCAAGAUCCGCUCGUACGGAAGCACAGCCAGCGUCACGGCCUCUCUGGGGGAGAAAUACAUCGAGCAUCGUGUUGCAGACAGUGAUACCCUGCAAGGGAUCGCUCUCAAAUACGGUGUCACGAUGGAGCAAGUCAAGAGAACCAACAAGCUGUUCAGCAACGACUGCAUUUUCCUGAAGAACAGCCUCAACAUCCCCGUGAUGUCGGAGAAGCGCUCCAUAUUUAACGGACUGUCUCUGGACUCUCCCGACGGGGACGGAGAAACAGCGUGCCAGGAGGCAGAUACAGAUUGUGUCGUGUUGCAGGAUAUCGAGGGACCCUCGCCGCCCCCUUCCCCGCCCCCCGAGAACUCCAAACCCCCCCAGCAAGAGGAGCUGUCAGCCAAAGACUUCUUACACAGACUGGACUUGCAAAUUAAACAAUCAAAGCAGGCAGCGCGUCGACUGAAAGAAGAGGAAGUAAGGAACAACGAGGAGGACUACACGGCCCCCACAUCAUCAUAUCAGGAGAUAUAAAGGACCCGUCCAUUUACUGCCGACACAUCCAUGCUCAAACUUACAAACGGCACGGCAACCGCAUCGCUUUUUUUUUUUCCUUCUUUACCUUUUUGGUUUUACCGAACCACGUUGAACGAAAGUGUCAUGUUUGCCUUUUAUUUAUUAAUAUGCAACUAUCACGAUGUAAACGAUUGUUAUUUUGUACAGUUUUAGUUGGAGACUUAACAACGCGGAGGAGCAUCUGAUAUAAAUAGCAUCCGAGCACACGUCCACUCAUCAUAUGCUUCUGAAGCUGCUGUAAAGAAACCCACCUGCUGCAUAUGUUCACACAUACAGUAUAUAAACUCACACACACACACUGCGCUAAGCAUUUCCAGAAGGAUUAGCUAGUUGCUAACUGCUUCUGAUGUGCUAAAUCCCCUCCUAGAAUAGUAUCAUUGGAGAGUAUAUUCAGGCCUUCCUCAUCAGUGUUUUUCCCCAAACAGAAGCGGUGGAUGGACUCAAGCCUUUCAACACGUCCCAUUAGCCUCAUAGACGCUUUGUUCUUUGGGGGGAAAAGAAGGGACUGCUCUAUUUUUGAAGUGUGAAUGCAUUAUUUAUGUGUGUGGAGAACUGUCUGUAACAGCUGUUUUAUUGUGCUUUUAAAUUCUAUUGGUUUUAUUUGGGGAGAAUAAAUAUGUGAUUAAACCAGA